AUGUCCGACUACACCACGGGCAUCAUGCCCUUGCAGCCGGUGCAUAAGCCACCGUAUACCAUUGAAGCUCCUGGCUACCAAAAAGUCCCCGGCGAAACAAUUCCUCGUCGUCAUCCGCGAGCCAAGAACGGCCUCCUCUCACGUCCCGCCGACGACGUCCACAACAUCUUCGACAUUGUUCGCCACAGUGCCCGUGUCUAUCCCAACCACCAGGCUCUGGGUUUUCGCAAGCUUGUAAAGCUUCACCGGGAGACGAAAAAGGUCAAGAAGAAUGUGGACGGUGAGGUCCGCGAGGUUGACAAGGAGUGGCAGUUUUUUGAGCUCUCUGGCUACAGCUACGUGACCUACAAGGAGUACGAGACUCAAAUCCUCCAGCUUGGCUCUGGACUUCGCAAGCUGGGCCUGACCCCCGAGAACAAGCUUCACUUUUUGCCAUGGAUUUCCAUUUCUCACGCCUGCGCGUCACAGUCCAUCUCCAUUGUCACCGCCUACGACACUCUCGGCGAGAGCGGUGUCGAGCACUCGCUUGUUCAGACCGAUGCCUCUGCCAUGUUUGUUGACCCGCAUCUCUUGAAGACGGCUGCCAACCCCAUUAAGAAGUCGGGCGUAAGGACCGUCAUCAUCAACGAGGAUUGCAUAUUCGCCACCGGUGGUGAGGUCGAGGAGUUCAAGAAGAACAAUCCUAAUCUCAAAGUGUUGACUUAUGAGGAGUUGCGCAAGCUCGGCGAGGCGAACAUGGUUGAACCCGUCCCUCCCAAGCCCCAGGAUCUCUACUGCAUCAUGUACACCUCUGGAUCGACUGGUCUGCCCAAGGGAGCGUGCCUCACCCAUGAGGCCGUCGUUGCUGCUGUUACUGGGUUGCUGACAUGUGUCGAUGAGUGCAUAAGCGACAAGGAGUUCGUACUGGCUUACUUGCCGCUGGCUCACAUUUUUGAGAUGGUCCUUGAGAACUUGGUUCUAUUCAUUGGAGGUACCUUGGGUUACGGAAAUCCCCGUACGCUCUCCGAUGUGUCUGUCAGGAACUGCGCGGGUGACAUGCGCGAGUUCCGCCCCACGGCCUUGGUCGGUGUACCCCAGGUCUGGGAGACGGUAAAGAAGGGUGUUAUGAGUAAGCUCGGUUCCUCGAGCCCGGUCCUGAAGGGCCUUUUCUGGGGAGCCUACGGCUACAAGUCCUUCAUGUCCAGAAAUAAGCUGCCCCUGGCAAGCCUUUUUGACGGCAUCGUCUUUGGCAAGGUGCGAGAGCUGACAGGUGGCCGUCUUCGAUUCACCAUGAACGGUGCUAGCGGUAUCUCCGACAACACGAAGCAGUUCCUUUCCCUGGUUCUCGCUCCCAUGUUGGUCGGUUAUGGUCUCACCGAGACUUGUGCCAACGGUGCCUUGGGCUGCCCACUCGAAUAUUCGCCCGACUCCAUCGGCCCUAUUCCUGCAGCUAUCGACGUCAAGCUCGUUGCCGUUCCGGAGCUCGGGUACUUCACCGAUGAUGUCAAGGUUCCUCAGGGGGAGAUUCUUAUGAAGGGAUUGCCCAUCCUGAAGGAAUACUACAACAACCCCGAAGAAACCGCCAAGGCAGUUACCCCGGAUGGUUGGUUCAAGACUGGUGAUAUUGGGGAGUUCGACGCCCAUGGCCACUUGCGGGUUAUUGACCGGGUGAAGAACUUGGUCAAGAUGCACGGCGGUGAGUACAUUGCAUUGGAGAAGGUUGAGUCGAUCUACCGCGGAGCCCAGACCGUCAGCAACGUCAUGAUUCACGCCGACGCCGAUCACUCUCGACCCAUCGCUGUCAUCAUGCCCAACGAGAAGGUUUUAGUCGACAAGGCCAAGGAACUUGGUGUUAACGAGCAUGACAUGCACACCAGCCCCAAGGUCCGUGAUGCUGUUCUCAAGGACCUCCAGGCUGUUGGCAGACGCUCCGGCCUGUCCUCAAUGGAGAUCGUCUGCGGUGUUGUUCUCACUGACGAGGAGUGGACGCCGCCAAGUGGUCUGGUCACUGCUACACAGAAGCUAAACAGAAGAGUCAUUCGUGAUCGGUUCAAGAAGGAAAUUGAGGAAUGUUUGAAAAACGCGUAA